GCCAUGAACUAAACUUUUUUUUCUCUGACUUGAAAAAUCUAUUCCUACUGCUGCAACUUUCAGAAUCUUGUGUAUAUCUCUUUACCUUUUUUACUACUGUUAAUUCAGUGUAUGUUGCAGUUCAUACUGCAACCUCUGCUUUGAGUUUGACCCUUUUGUUUUUCUCUGAUUUGUGCACAUACUGAUAUAAAAGAAAAUGGAACCUCAACACUCAUCUCACAAAAUUGCCCGUUUUGCUGACUUCGGCAUUGGACUUACAAAUAUGAAUGAUUCCUGGAACAUGGAGAGUGGUAAUAUGUUGAGUGGAGGAGGUGAAGGGUCGCCUCCAAUCGGGCUAGGUCUGGAGCUUGGACGUGGGUCUAGUCAUAGAACAACCGGGUUCACAAAAUCAUGUGGGUUCACAGUUUUUCAACUGCAGGAACUACAGCUCCAAUCUCUCAUCUACAAGUACAUGGAAGCUGGUCUCCCUAUCCCUAAUCACCUUCUCCUCCCUAUUUGGAAAAGUUUUGCCGGUUCUCUUGGCGGACUCCUCGGCAGCCCUUAUCAACUCUACUCCGGAUAUUUGGGUUGUGGAUCAUUCCCCUUGGAGUACAAGAAUGGAGUCGAUCCAGAGCCAGGAAGAUGUAGACGAACAGAUGGGAAGAAAUGGAGGUGCAGCAAAGAAGCAGUUCCGGAUCACAAAUACUGCGAGAGACACAUGCACAGAGGCCGCCUGCGUUCAAGAAAGCUCGUGGAAGCUUCUCAAGCAACCACCACCAGUAGUCGUGUUAGCCAUCGAAGUGCUGACACCAACCUCUCCAUUUCACUGCAGCACGAUAGUAGCAGUAGCAGCAGCAACAAUGGCAGCAAUCUCUCUUCUGGCUUUAUCGGUUUUUCUCCAAAGAGUGUUCUUCGAGGAAGCAAUCCAAAAUCUGAGCCUUCACCGGCACUGCAGUUUCAAGAGUUUUAGGAAUAACUUUCGAUUUAGUUGCUUUUUUGAUGUAAUGUCUGGGAUGGGAGGGACAUUAAUGGUGUUUGUAGGUUAGGUGGUGGGUUGCUUGGUGAAAAGGGCAGUUGAGCAGUGAUGGUGUUCUAAGCUUGGAAUUGUGACGAUAGUUAUGGAGUUGCAGUUGAUUUUGGUCA